UGUUGAUUCUUUCUCUGAACAAAGGAACAUAUCAACAACUUGGACUUGAAGGAAGACGAUCUUUCUUUCAGAGAGACUCUGAUAGAUACAUUCUGUGCUUGACAAGUGCAUUCUGUUUGUAACAAUGCCUAAGAAAAAACAGCCCUUAUCUUUAGAAAGAUUGAGUCUUGCAGCUGUUGGUCAGUUUGUGGCACACAUAGGCCGCAUCAUGAUAUCUCCAGGAUCACCUAUUUCACAUGAAAUGCCAACUCAACGUCCUGAGUAUUUGCAGAACACCUUCCAAUGGCUGAAUGAACUAUUAUACUCAAGUGUUCCUAGAUCUCUGUUUGAUAAAAUGGCUACUCAUAUUUUAACAUCAGUCAGUGAAUUAAUAAAAGAAACAAAAGAUUCUUAUAGCCAGGAUCAACCUAUGUGGCUCUUUCUCAAUAAAAUGAAUAUAGUUGUUAAGUUAACAGAAGUUGCAGUCAACUAUCAUCUACGUGAAAUGAAUAUCUCAGUGUGGCCAAAAAUUAUGAGACAUGUUUUGUAUCAAACAUUAGAGAAGAUGACUGGCCUUGAAACAUUGAAUCUUGGAUCUGGUUCUGGUGGCUGGAAAACUUCUGACUUUGAAAAGACAGUUAUACAGGGCAUCACAGCAAUGAAAAAUUUAGUAUCACUUUGUCUUUGUUUUGACUGCACUGAUCAUAUUAUAUCAAUUGUAGCAAACAACUGUAGUAGGUUACGCAUCUUAGAUGUUACUUCGUCACGCUCUGUAACUGAUCGCAGUAUACCAUCUUUAUUGAAUUGCCAAGAUUUGAGGCAGUUACUGUUAUAUCGAACUUCUGUAUCUAUUGAAGGCUAUGCUGAAUUGUUAGUGGGUUUAAAAAACUUAAGAGAUCUUGGGCGCUGUGAUGAAUUUGGCACCAUUCUUGAACAUUUACGGUUUUCCAGCACAUAUUCUCAUCCACUGGGAUUACAUAUUUUCCAGAGCCGAGAUGUGACAACUUAUCAUUUAAAUUUACUUAUAGAGAUGUGUCCUUGUGUCAGACACGUUUCCAUUUACCAUGAUGAAAGAAUUAGUGACCUUACAGUACUUGCAGCUCUAAAUGAUUUAAAAGAACUGAAACUUAUGUCUUGUGAUUUUUAUACUGACCAUGUCAAGCUUUUGUUGGAAGUCAAAGGACAAAAUCUGACAUGGUUGCACCUUGAACAUGUGGAAGAAAUCGAUCUAAAUGCACUUAUAUACAUUAGCCAGUUUUGCCCAAAUUUAAAAAAAUUAGUUUUUUAUAACUGUGAUUUUCUAGAGCAUACAUCUGUAUCAAUGAAGACACUUUCAGUUAAACCUUUCCAGUGUUUGGAAUACAUAAUGUGUGUUGUAGACUGUGCACUUGUACAUCUUGAAUUUUUAUUAUCUAGUUGUUUCAACAUUAAGUAUAUACAGUUAGGUUCUUCUACUGGUAUUGGUGAUGACACAAUGGCUAAAGUUCUGUCAGUCAACCCAAUGCAAAAACUUGAAGAAUUAAAAAUUUUGUAUAGUGAUAAUUUGAGUAUGCAUACUGUAAAUUUGUUAAUGAACCACUGUGAUAAUCUCAGGGUUUUGUCUGAACUAGAAAGUUGGCAAGGAAUCUCUCCAGCUGAGCUUCAACAAUUUCGGGAACACCUGAAAAAUAGUAACACUGAUUUGGAUGUGAGACCAACUCUGUCAUACUAGUGCAUUGUGGUCGAUUCCUAAUUGUGUAUAACAUUGUGUUGUUAGAAGUGAAGCAACACAGAUCGAAUGUAAUUAUUUGCUGCUGCAUUACUCUGUGAUGUUGGCAUCAAAUUGUAAUAAUGUUUGUGAUAGCAAUGGUACCUGAGGUACAAAAAAACCAGCAGAUGUUGGUAAACGUGUGAAUAUAUUUUGUGGUAGUGUUGUAAGAAAUGCUUAUUUUUAUAAGUCUUUCAUGAGGCUAUUAAGAAAGUUUGAGUAUUGCAUUGUACAUAUUUGAUGUAUUUAUUGGUACUUGCUAUGUCAGAAGACUGUUUAAUAAUGUAACACAGAAAAAAAAAGUUGCAAAGUGAUGUGGUCUCAGCAGAAUUAAUUACAUGGAUAGUUGAACAAUAUUGAUGGGUUAAUCAUAGUUGUUGUCAAGGAAACAAAUAUUUUGAAAGUUGCUUAUAAUUGUUAAUAUCCUUAACAUGGUAUUUCCUGAUGGUUUAUUGCAGAAAGUAACUUUGUGCAUGCUUUUGUGACAUGGCUGCUUUUUCAUUUCUGAUCUAUACAUUUUCGUAUAAUUUUAUGGUGUGGUGCUUUUCUUGUUGGUGUUGUUAGUGACAGACAGACCAUAAUAUUGAUAUAGUUUCUGAAGAUCUCCCCCCCCCCUUCCGUACCCCCCUCCUCCUCCCGCCCUCUCUCUCUCUCUCUCUCUCUCUCUCUCUCUCUCUCUCUCUCUCUCUCUCUCUCUGUUGUCAUUGUUGUUGGUUUGCAAUACUUUUUGUUUUGUGUUCUCGCAUGUUACUGAUCAUUAUGUUCUGUACAUUUGUUCAAUCUGAUAAUGCCUUUUCCAGUAGCUUGUGAUGACUGUGUUUCUGUCUCCAGAGUUCCUUUUUGAGCAUUUGUAGGUAUCAGGUUACAAUGCUAGAUGUAGUGAGAAUUGUAGAAUUAAAUAUUACUGCAGUUCUGCAGUGGGAGGUGCAACUAUUACUACUACUACUGUAUUAUUAUUAUUAUUAUUAUUAAUAAUGUAACAAAAUUGUAUAAAGAAGGAAGGAAAUUCAUUGGUUUUGUAAAACAAAUGUGAGCAUUGUAAAUUUGUAGCUAUGUUUUAUAUUUUUGAGAUGUUAUUUCCAAGGAUGAAUGGAGUGUUGUGAAUAUUGACAACAGUAUUGUUUAUUCAAAUUUGACGUAUCACACAAACGUAACUUUGCUGUUGACUUCUGUUAGUUGCUUUAUAGGCAGCUUUCUCUCUCUCUCUCUCUCUCUCUCUCUCUCUCUCUCUCUCUCUCUCUCUCUCUCUCUCUCUCUAUCUCAAUUGUUUAGUUGAAAUUUUCCAUUGAUUAUUUAAUGCUGUUCAGGCAUUUAAGCAAUCUCAGAAGAGAUUUAUAGUAUCAGUUAUAUACACACAGCCAUCUCACUAGUUGGCUAUAAUUUCUUAUAUAGCGCUGUGUUGUCUUUCAUUUGUUAAAAAAUUCAAUCUUGUGAAUCUAACUGAUGGAUUCAUCGUCACUGCUGGAAAAGUCCAUUAGCUAUAAUUAUGUUUAUUUUAUUUAUAGUCAAUGCCACAUCAGCACACGUUACAAACAAAAGCAGGUAAAUAUAUUAAAAAACCAUUUGUUUUACAAUCUAGCACUUAGAAGAUAGCCUUAUACAUGUAUUAUCAACUAUUUUUCACAGUCUACAUUUACUGUCAAACAAACAUUAAUGGAUUUAUUUUACAAUUGGCAAAUGUCGAAAUUAACUGUGUUUCUUAGUGCUGCAAUAUCUGCGCAAGAAGCGAUAGUUUAUUGAGGAAAAGUAUAAAUUAUGACAUAGGAGCUGAAAACCUACGUACCAAAUUAGAAGCCUUGGAUAAACAGUGGAUGUAUCGGUUUUACUGCGCUCACAUAAGAGAUCACAGUUGACAAAAUGAAGUUUAUUAA